UCCCAACUCUUUGCGGCUGUAAUGACCCAACUUACCCUCAGGAUCAGUGAAGUUAAUCUAAUCUUUUUCCUAAUGCACUGUUUGUUGCUGCUCAAAGAUCAAGUAAUUAAAUCUGAGCUUUGGAGGUUUAACCUGACAUCAAACACUGGGGCAUCUCCCUGAAACUUAAGGGACUCAAAGAGCCAAAACACACCAUAGGCAACAAACAAUGCUUGACAUAAAAGUUAAAUCGGUGGAUUGGUGGAUAAAUGUUUUAUGAAUUGACAACAUUAGCAUCAAUAUUUCCCAUGAAAGCAGCAGAUACAGUCUGUGCUUUCAGAGCAGCGUAUUGGAGAAUUCACAUCCUGUUGUAUGCUACUCUCGACAUUUUGACAGGUCACUUUACACGGUCUGUGGCAAUGAGGAAGAAAAAGGACUUUGCUCAAACCGUGUGCAGGUCUUGUGAUCCGUCGGGCUGGCAUCUGAUAGACACCGACUGACAUCUGUGAGGCGAUAUAGUUUACUUUACCAUCUGUGAGCCGCUGCUGCGUGACUUGUCAUGGAAUGGAAGAGCAACCUGAGGCGCACCCAGUCACUGAGGAGCGUCCCCCUGGCAUGUGACAAGCCGAACGGGACAGCGGCAGGACUGCGGGACAAGAAAGUAUCUGUGUCCCAACUAGUCUCUCGGUAUCAAACUACAGUGGAAGUGAGUGUAUCAACUCAAGCAAAGUCGGUAAAUAAUGGUGAAGCUAAGCCAAAGCAAGUGUUAAAAGAGAUAACACCAUCUCUGCUGGAGGGUGAAGAGACUCCUCUGGCAUCUCUGACGAGGAGAAAUGACGAGAGGGAACAGGAACGGUCCCAAGCCACACCCGGUUUAACACGCAGCAGGUCGAUGGGGAGCCUUCAAAACAGUGCCGGCUCCAUAGGGGCCCUGAAGGCUCGGUUUGAGUCAAAGGCCUCCGCUCAAAACGAGCUGAGGAGCGGUUUCAGGGCUGCCAAUUUCACGUCACCUCACAAGGCAGAAGAUAUUAUGCCCGUGAUGAAUGGCAUAAUAUCUUCUGUUCCCCUGAAGAGGUCUUCGGGGGAGCAGAAACCAAAAAUUCCUGCAGAUGCACCAGUUAGUGACGCUAACACUGACGCAAAAGAGGAUCGUGCGACUCGCAAGGUUGUGGAUCAGACCCGAAAAGUGAGGAGAAAAACAAUAGGGGGCGUUGAUUUUGAAGGAAUUACAGCCUUUCAAGCUGAUGAAAAGAGGAGGACAGUUGCUGACUUCAGAGACAGCUCCUUCAAUCAAACCAAGGAGACACUGUGUGUCUCGGUCAAAGUGUUGUCUGCCCUGUACCUGUCAAAGGUGGCACCUCAGGAACCAACACACAGCCCUUCAAAACAGGGCCAAGAUCAGUCAUCUGAAUCCAGGAAAAUAGUUAAAAUAACCAAGAUGGACUUCCAACAAAGGAAAGAUGACCUCCCUUCACCUCCAUUAGCCAAACAUCUGACAGAACCAGAAGACAUUUCUGGGGAACAUUCCCAAAAAUCAAUGCCGGCCCAACUUUCCAAAGAAAAGUUAUACCAGCAGCGGCAAAAAUGUGAGCUGAAAAGACUCCUGAAGCACACUCACCCAGAGCUGAAGAUGUUGGAUGAAGUUGUGGAUGAUGAGCUUGCUGAGGUUUUGAACUCAGAGAUUGGGGUGACAGCUGGUGAAACCGGAUAUGAAGGAGAGGUCUUCUCACGACGCUUGAUAUUUGAGAACUGUGCCUUGAGUAGCAAACUAUCUCCUUACACCCCCAAGAUCCACAUGGCAGAUGAAAAAGUGGAUGAGGGCGAUGUCAAUAAAACACCAGCUGUGUUUGAGGAGCUGGAGGAGAGGGCACGUAGUGAAAGUGUGAAAGGGAUUGUGCAGGAUUACAAAACGCUUGGUUCUACUCCAGAGCAUAACAGAGAGUUUGAGGAGGAGAUGAUAAGAAUAGAUGUUCAGGCUUCCAGGAGAAUAUUUGAGAGUCAGUCUGUGAAAACAUCCAGGCCAAAUCCAGAUAAUAAGUUCCAAGGGAAAGUUUCUAUUUUGGAGGAUGACAGAGGGCCAGUCCAAAAACAAAAACAUGAGUUUGAAAUGUGUAACAAAGAGAAUGUACACAGUGAAAACAAAAGCAAUGUAUGCACCAACCGUCUUGAUUUGAUAGAUCAGCCCCAUAAACAAGAGCCUUGUGUUCAUACUGUUGGUGUAAGCACUUACCUUAAGUUUUCUGGUAAUGAAGAAGUUUAUUCUGAUAAAGUGGUCUUUGACAAUGACCCUACUAGUCUUUCAGGUGCAAUGGGAUUUGAGGAAAUUAUCAAAACAAGUUCAGCUCUUUUGGAAAACAACCCAUUUAUCUCAACAAACAUAAGCAGAGAAAAUUCCUAUGCCCAUGCAUCAAAUUCCCAAAUCCAUGGUGCAGCUCAGGACUUUCUGAUAUCUAAUGUUAAGAACAGAGCCUACCUGUUCGAAUCAAUGCCAUUCGACCAAAUUAGGCACCAGAACAAGGAUGAAAUUGAGACAUUGGUGGAGAACAUCAAGGAAACAUUGAAUAUCCUUUAUCGUGUUAAUGCCAUACAUUCAGAUGGAUUAAUCAUUGAGGUUAAUGAGACAAUGAUAGCAAAAAAGGCUCAAUUCACAUUAUCAGAGACUGGGCCUAAGAUAAAAUACGAUGAUGUGGCUGAAGGCGGCGCACAAAAUUUCAUUGUCCAGUUGCUACCACGGGCAAACCUAAAGCCUCAGAUCACAUACUUAAAGGAAGAUAGGAAAGAAAGGAUGGAGGCCACAGUGUUGAAUGUACCGGUGUACCAACAUCAGUUCACUAGCAACCAAGACACAGAGCUUAAAACUGCCAAUGUAGUUCAGCUUGUUGAAGAUAUUCUCAAUCAAGAUAACUCUCUGAGGAAAGGAGUGAUCAUUCAGCAGGAAGCCAACAAAUGUGCUGAAGUCGUUGUUUACUCCCUCUACAAUUAUUUUGAUGAGGAAGAUGUAAAAAGUUACAGUGCUCCACAACGGCAUGCUGCAGAGGACGGCGAACCAGAAAAAGAGGAAAUUCAUAUCAGUAGAACAGAAAAUCAAGGACUUAGAAGAGGCAUCGUUGAAUCAACCAUAAACUGCCUUCUAGAAACUUCUCAAGACCAAGCCUGCACUGGAUCAAUCAGGCCCAAUGUCACAGUAAAAGGGAACGUGAAACUGUUUAAGAGCUGUAUUGAAAAGGGGGAUCUGGAAUAUUUGAAAACUCUUCAGGCUGAUCCAACAGUGCAGGAAAAAGAACUACCUCUGAACCGGACUGUGGCUGAACUAAGCACAGAGCUUCAUGGCGAACAGAGAGGAGAUCAGGCAGAGGAUUCAGAGUGGGUCCCAGUGGAUGUCAAAAGACUGAAAGGCAUGUUCUCUGUAGAUCAAAGACAAAACCAAGGAAAGCAAAAUAUCAAUAAGAAUCGUGCUCCAACUACUACCAUUUCUCCUGCAUUUACAGGACAACAUGUGCCACUUGGAAAGAGCCAGUCGUCUACAGAAUGCAAUGUUGACGUAUUUAACUGUGAACAAAGAAAAGAUAAUGUUUUGGAGUGUGGUGGCCUAGCACAAGAAGAAGUUUGUACUUUCACAGGUGCACCACAGGGGUCUUAUCUACAUCUUGAGACACGGGAUGAUGAUAGUGUCCACCAAGCUCAAUUAAUUGAGGUGGUAGAUGACAAUGACGAAAUCACAGACCUCCAAGCUGCAAUCCAUAGCCUUCAGCAGGCCACAAUUGAGGCCAAAUCUUUGUAUCACUCAUCACAAAACAAACAGAAACGUAUUGUUCAAGAAUCUUCCAAACCAGCCGUGGUCUCAGUUACAGCAGGUGAUGUCAAAGACUCAGGAACAGAAGCUGAAUUACAUCAAGAAAAUGAGGACCAACAAACAGACGUGGGCACUGAAUCAAGGUGGAAUGAAGUUCUAUCAGCCUCCCACUUCACUUCAGUCCACAAAACAGACCGCCAACACACAAAUGUGGAGAUGUGCCAUGAAGAUAGUAACUCUAAAGAAGUGCAAACUACUGAGUCCAGCAGCAAGAAUGGCCAAAAAGGCACAGAUGUGGUCCAGAAACACUUAGAAACUUUUGUUGAUAGUUCAGAAACACACGAAGAAGAACAUGAAGUUGUUUUUCCGGGUAAAGUUCAAGAAGCCUUGGAUUCCUUGGAGAGAGCCAACAUUAAUAUCACAAGGGGAGAUUUCAAAGCAGCUAUGAUAUAUAAAAACUCUUCCAAACCUCACAAAGACAGAUUGCAAAAUGUGGAAAAGGCAACUGUCCAGAAACCCAUUAUUGGGGAGAUUUUACCUGUGACUGAGUACAGAUCAACUCAAGUUCAAUUGAGACAAGAUGUCUCCAAGGAACAGGUGACUACAGUGAAUGCAGAGCUCCAAAGCAAAUCCAAGAAUAAAACAGCUACAAGUGCUGUCUCAGUGAAAAAAACUAAAAGGCCUGUUGGUUCAAAACCAGCCAUCCCACCCAAACCAGAGCACCUGAAAGUGAAACAAAGAGAUAAUAAAUCGAGCGACACAAGAAAUACUGAGUUAACCCAAAGAAAUACUAUAAGACCUGAAAUGCAAGCGCAAGAAGAAACUGUAGCUCAACCACAGCCAACAUUGGUUUCAUGUAAGAAUGAACAUGUGAAACACCUAUCCAAAAUAAAUGGUUCAGACGCAGGUCCAAAUUCUAUAAAUCAUGAAGUUGAAACUAUUCAAAUGUCUCAGAAAAUUCAAAUAAGACAUCAAUACCAAUGCUCAUUCGAUAACAUUAACAAGAAUACUUUCAGCCCACCAGAAGAGAUAAGAGCCGCAGAAGAAGUGAAAUCCCCCGAGGAAAGAAACCCAGUCAAAGAGAGUACGAAUGAAACAGAUGAAAGUCCUGUCAAUUUUAAUUUAGCAUGCCAAAAAUUUGGAGGCAAAAAGGCAUUUUCAGUGAAGAAUGCCCCUGUGAAGCCAAAAAGAGUAAAAAUUGCCCAGUCUGACACCAAAAACCUAAAAGAUACAUCUGUAGAUAAUAAUUCAAAACCACAAAAAGCUAUAGCGGAUCCAUCUUACACUGUCACAAAGAACAGUGGACAAACUGCUGACAGUAAAGACAAGCAUGAGAGAGAAAUAAAUCAAGAAGGCAAAGUUGAGAUGAGGGAAAAGAGAGGACGCAGUGAGACAGAGAAUGAGCGCCGACAGCGGUUGUCAGUUCACAUGGAUGAGAUCAUGAGAGGAAACAUUACAGCAGCCUUGGAAAUUUUUGACAACUUGCGAAAGCAGGAGGAACUGCAGAGUAUUCUCAGUCGAGUUGAAGAAAUUGAACAGGACACAAGUGAGGUUGAUGUGGGGUCUCUGAGGAGAGUAUAUGAGAAUGUCCCUGGCUGGGUUGUCAGCUCCGACAAAAAGAAACAAGAAAUGGUUCAAGUGGAACACAGAGAGGAGAAGUCACUUUUGAAGGACGACCUGCAAAACAAGUCCUCAAUGGCACAUAUAUUUGGAGAUCUUGAGAGAGCCAGUGAGGAAAUCAUGAAUUUAAAAGAGCAGACCUUAGCCAGACUAAUAGACAUAGAGGAGACCAUAAAGAAAGCUCUUUAUUCUGUCUCCACACUAAAAUCUGACACAGAUAUUGCUGGUUUAUCAUGCCUGUUCAAGGAGUCCUUAGGGACAAUGCUAGGAUCCCCAACUUCUGGAAUUAGCAAAAUUAGCAUUGGGUCAAGCAGAACUAAAUCACCGCAAGCACAGGAGAGGCCUACCACAAACACAGCUCUCCUAGUUGAGCAAGGUGCAAGCAAAGAAGUAGCCUCUGCAAAACAACGGCCGAGUCCCCCAUCUUCCCCUGCCUUCAUCUCCAUACAGUCAGUUAGAAAAAUAGACAAAACAAGUGUGGUCCCACCCGAGACCACAAUCUGCGCGAAAUGUCAGCAGAGCCCAAAGACAGAAGGGAAAUUCUGCACAACAAAGACCCUGAUAUGCAACAGCCCUGCUCAAAACAGAAAGGGAAGUCAAAAACAGCCCACUUACAGCCCACUUAACCCAAAGCAAGAGCUCAGUGUACUCGAGGUGCAGACUGACCAUGAGGGGAAUAGUAUCAUAGGAACCAAAACAGUCUCGGAGAACUAUGAGCAGAGUGAAACAUUUGGUAAACGGUUCUACUCAUCCAAAACGUCCACUGUCGUCACUACACAGCCAGAAACCAUGACAUUAUCCACAGGUCAGGCAGUGGUCAGUCCGACGACAUAUCAGGUCACAACAUACCCAGAAGUUCGUCUACCAAUCAAUCACAAGGCUUAAUCACUUCCAGCUAUUGUGCAGGUAGUCUCUGUGUAGCUAAGUUUGGGCAAUGUUUCUCACAUUUGUUAUGACAAAGUUGUCAUGUAAAUAACUUUCAUUAGCUAAGAUAUUAAUUAUGUUGGAAACAUUCAGCUUGUUUAUUAAUUUAUGAGAGGUUGCCAUUGUGUUUUAUGGUGUUUGAGGAUUCAUUUUUAGCUUGUAUUUUUUGACCUACAUUUGAAAUUAAACUCCCAUUUUGAUUUGA